AUGUCGGAUGAUUCCGAAGUUUUUGUGCAAGCACCAACUGUAGCAAAUGCUGAGUUGAAUAUUGAGGCAAAACCUGAGGCAAAUGCGCAAGUAAACGCCGAGGCAGAUUCUGAUGCAAAUCUUGGAAAUAACUUGGGAGAGCAGCAAACUACAGACGAGUCCGCAUUUGGAAGAAACAUUGGCAAGUUUACAGCAUUUGUGAAGGAAAUUACUGGCAGCGGUGCAGAAGUAGAAGAGCAAGAGAAAAGAAAUAAUCAUACUAUUUCUGUUGAUCCAUCAUCAAAUCACGAAAACACAAGCUUUGAACCCACUACAUACAAAAUUCUAGGUCGAGCAUAUACUAGCACCACCGAUGCUAGUGCACGUGUACAGGAGUUGUUAUGGCUCUCAUAUAGAUGCGGCUUUGAACCUAUACCAAAAUCAGAUGAUGGGCCCCAACCUAUUACAUUUUUCCCGUCAAUAGUGUUCAAUCGACUGACAUUAGUUAAUUUGAGCAACCUUCGCAGCCUCUUGGAUAAGGACCAUUUUACAAGUGACGCGGGAUGGGGUUGUAUGAUUCGUACAUCUCAAAAUUUAUUAGCGAAUGCACUUCUGCGACUUUUUCAUACCACUGGCGGUCAACCACAAAACUUUGCUGAUACCAAAACUGAGGCCGACGUGAUUGAAUUGUUUCAAGAUACGUUGAGUGCGCCAUUUUCUCUUCACAAUUUUAUUAAAGCUGCAAACAGUCUGUCCCUAAAUAUCAAGCCAGGACAGUGGUUUGGUCCGAGUGCAGCAUCACUAUCUAUAAAGAAACUUGUCAAUGAUUAUAACUUUAUACAGCAAGAAAGACAGAGUGAACGAGACAGUGGACGAGACAGUGGACAUAAAGUUCCGACACCAAAUUUAAAAUUGCACUCAAAAUCAGCAGAUUCAGAUUCAGAUUCAGAUUCAGAUUCCGAUGCAAUUUCAAAACGGAACUCAAUACCAUACGUCUACGUUAGUGAAAAUUGUGAUUUAUACGAUGAUGAAAUAAAUGCAAUUUUUGAACUUGAACAAAGACCGAUUUUGUUUUUGUUCCCAAUACGUCUUGGGAUUGAGCAAGUGAACAAAUAUUACUAUUCAAGCAUCUUGCAAAUCCUAGCUUCUAAGUUUUCUGUUGGCAUAGCGGGAGGAAAACCAUCAUCAAGCUUUUACUUUAUUGGAUAUGAAGGUGAAGACGACUUAAUAUACUUUGAUCCGCAUUUGCCACAAAUAGUGCAGACUCCAGUGAAUCUCGAGAGCUAUCAUACCUCGGAGUACAGCAAAUUGAAGAUUGACCAACUCGAUCCCUCAAUGAUGAUUGGAAUUUUAAUUGAGACCAUUGAUGAGUAUCAAGAGUUCAAAAUGUCAUGUUUUGAGUCCGAUAACAAGAUAUUACAUUUCCAUCCGUUGGUAACAACCGCUCCUCGAGAGUCGUCGAUUAAUCAAUCAUGGGAAGAAGUGCAGGGCGAAGAAGAAUUUGUUAAUUUGAAUAUAGUAAAGAAUGAAGAGGACUUUGUAGAUCUUGGUUCAGCUUCAACGCAGGGCCAAAAUCAUGAACCGAGUUAG